AUUAGACCAGCUCCUCCUACUGGGCAUGCGCAGUAGCAAGCCACUGACCCACGUGCUUUCACGUGUUCUAUAAUCAAUAAGGGCUAAUUGUGUCAAUUGUAAAAUGGCAGUUAGACAGAGAGGAGGAGUAGGGAAGAGACCUCGACAGAGAGUGCAUGGGGAGGAAAGGGAAGCUGAAAAGGCUCCAAUAAAGUCAAAAAGAUCAAACACCAUAGCUCUAGGCCUGCUAGUCUUCAUGGGCCUCCUAGUCCUGGCCUCAUUCAGGAGCCAUUACAACCUACCUGCUCCUAACCUGGAGAGGGAUGGGAACCAGUUCAGCUCUCUUAAUGCAAGACGUCAUCUCAAAGCAAUAACAUCACUAGGUAUUAGACAUGCAGGGAGUGAAGCUAACGAUAUUAAAACUAAAGAACUACUCGUCUCCAUUAUUGAGGAGAUUAAGGACUCCUCCAGUCCUGAGGUUAGUAUAGAGACGUCAGUGCAGCACCCGAGCGGACACUUCUAUCUUGAUUUCCUUGGAGGAAUGACCCACAUAUACGAGAACCUCACGAAUGUUGUCGUCCGUUUAAAAGGAGCAGGGAAAUCACCGAAACAUUCUCUACUGGUCAAUUGCCAUUUUGAUUCAGCACUAGGAUCACCAGCUGCUAGUGACGACGCCGUCAGUUGUGCUGUUCUACUAGAGACACUGAGAGUAUUAUCAGCUAGCCCCUCCCCUUAUUUAUUAAAGCACUCUGUCAUAUUCUUAUUUAAUGGAGCAGAGGAAAUGAUACUUCCAGCCGCCCACGGGUUUAUUACCCAACACGAGUGGGCGGGGCAGGUACGAGCGUUCCUAAACCUAGAGGCGGCUGGGGCCGGAGGUAAAGAGAUUCUGUUUCAGACUGGCCCCAAGCACCCCUGGCUUGCAGCUGCUUAUUCUCGUUCUGUUCCAUACCCUCAUGCGUCAGUAGUGGCUCAGGAGAUAUUCCAAUCAGGAGUGAUACCGUCAGAUACCGACUUUAGAAUAUUUAGAGAUCAUGGAGGGGUACCUGGGAUUGAUAUGGCAUUCUUUGUUAAUGGAUACGUGUAUCAUACACAGUACGACACUGCUGAUAGAAUACCAGAUGGCAGUAUACAGAGAGCUGGUGAGAAUAUACUGGCUCUCAUCAAAGAGAUAGCAAACUCAGACCUGCUGGCCGACCCUGGGGAGGACAGGCAUGGUAAGGUGGUCUAUUAUGACGUCCUUGGACUGUUUGUGGUACAAUACCCGGAGAGACUGGGACUGAUACUGAACUAUGGUACACUGGUACUCGGACUAGUGGGACUAUGGUUCAGUGGAAAGAGACGAAGAGGAGAAAGCUCCUCCUCUUACAAGCUGAUAUUCCUAUCUAUUCCAGUGGUGCUAGUAUCAAUAUUCACUGGUCUAUUGUGUUCAUUAGUCUCUGGUCUCGUUACUACAGCUACUGGUAACACUCUCUCCUUCUUCUCACGUCCUUACCUCGUGAUACCUUUAUACUACACACCCACUCUACUGGGAACUGGGGCUGUACACUACUGGUGGAGGAACAGGUAUUCUACCAUCAGUGCUGAGCAGUUGGAUCGUGCUCUAUUAAACUCCAAUCAGUUGAUAUUGUGGAUAUUCCUCCUCUCACUAACACUGCUCAGACUAGCUUCAGCCUGUCUUCCCUUCACCCUCCUCUUCUUCUCUCUUUUAUUCCGUUCCUUCAUUUGGGAUAACAUGCUUCGGUUCAGAAUAGGCCCCACCUACUUCUCCUCCCCCUUGUCUCCGUUCAUCAUAUGCUAUACAUUAUGUACAGUCCUGUCUCUACUACCAGUGGUACUGCUGGUAGUCUUUGCUAUUGGUAUCAGUGAGCUGUUCAUUCCUUUGAUGGGGAGGGCAGGGGCUGUGGUAUCAUCUGAUGUCCUCAUGUCUAUAGUGUCUGGUUUUACUGCUACACUAGUCUUCUUUAACUUUAUUCCUCCAAUAGUCUAUCAUUCUACUAAGCAGUUCUUGCGUUAUCUCUCUCUAUUCCUCUCUUCGUUUUGGCUCUUGUCCCUCCUCUUAGCAGCUGCUGGUUUAUUGUUCCCUUAUUCCGGAGUGGAGCCGGUCAGACCAAAGAGGUUCUACCUGCAGCACAGUCACAUUAAUAAUCAUGAGGAACCUGGGGCUUCAUUCUCUGGAAUAUACAUACAUACCUUUGACUAUAGGGAAAUGGCUCCAUUGUUGGAUUAUGUUCCUAAACUAAAAGAAGCCAAAGAAGUUCAGUGCAAGGGGGUUUACUGUGGAAUGCCGUCUUACUUUCCGAUAUCUCACAUGCUAAAGAGGAAUUGGUUCCUUUCAGCAGGGCCUCCUCCUGGUGCCUCUUCUAAACUGGUUCUUGAAAGUGUCAAGAAAACCUCAUCAAAUUCAAGAAACUACACCUUCAUCGGACGCUUUCCUCCUAAUGCUAGACUCCACCUACAGCCAUUACCAGGCUAUUCUCUUCUCUCCUGGUCCCUUGAGUCCUUCAUUCCUCCAGUGACUCCUUAUGGUGACGAGGGAUUAGGUUGCUAUUACAUUAUGUACACUAGAGGGAAUGGAGGGGGAGAGACUAAACUAUGGAUUGAAGUGAAGGGUGAUAUUGAUGUGAGUCCAGUGCUGGAAGUAUCCCUAAUAUCAGUGUAUAUCAACCCUCCUUCAUCAACCAGUGAUGAGUUACAGCAGUUAUUAUCAUUAUUACCAUCAUGGGUCUCUACUAUUAGCUGGACAUCAGUAAUGGACAAUAUGACAUUCUAAUAUACUAUUAAUAUACUGUUAAUAUACUGAUAAUAUACUGAUAAUAUACUGAUAAUAUACUGAUAAUAUACUGAUAUACUCUCCACUUAUAGUGAUUCCUAUAUAUUUGUAUUUUCAUAUUAUUGAAGUAUUAGAAUUUAGACGGUUAAACAA